ACAACAUGAAAGGUUGUUAUAAUAUUAAUAAUUUAAUACUCAUUAUAUUACUAUUGAAAUAUUCAAUACAAUCACAAUCUAAGCAUAAUUAAAGCCCAAAGCAUAAACACGACUAAAGUGAUUCUAAGUUCUAUUUUCGAGUAACAAGAAACCUGAGCACAGAAUCUAUAAAACUAAUGAAUUAGAGAGAAAGAAAUGAAGACUUAGAGAUUAGAACUGCACAUUAACAUUAUAUUGAAACUAAACUAAAGAAAUAAGGAUAAUUAUACGGUACAGAGCUUAAUUGCGCGAGUUGUAGAGGCGAUUGACGCAACCGCACGGGGAAGGUCUCCAACAUGAGCGAGAAGAACAAAAAUGCUAUCAAAAGCAGUAGAAGCAGGAAACCAUCCAGAGCUCCCAACCUAUUGCGGAGUCCCGCCGUGGAUACUACCUUCACCAUCGACCACAUCCCCUUCAGCACCAAGAGGUUAAAGAAAGCAAUGAAGAAACCAUUCCCCUAUCCUAAGAAGCCCCGAUCCGUCCGUAUCCUGGAAGUGGUUGAUCUUACCAAUGACGACCUCACGGAGAAAAUUCCAUGGAAAACUGACGCAAAUAAUGAAACGGAGACAAGCAUCCCAUGUAGCAGGCGAAGGAGUGAUAUCCCUGCCAGGGAACUUGCUGCAGUCGUGAACAUAGGCAAACUGCUGAGUAUGACAGUCGAGGGCAUUCUGGUGUACGAAAUUGUGAUUACACUUUUCACAACUCUGCACAACUAACCAGCAAGUGCACUGGGUCGUCCAAGUAAUACUUUACGUGAGUAAGGGUCGAUCCCACGGAGAUUGUC